AUGAACUCUUUCAGACUCCAGAAACUACACAAAAUGGCCCCUCGAAAUGUGAAAAUGAUCCUCAUUUUAUGGGUUUACGCUCUGCCUCUAGUUCGCGCGUCAAUCAAAUACAACCAGCGCACUUUUCUGGCAGUUAAGUGAGUAUUUUAUAGUCACUCCGAAGCCCAAACUUUUAAAUCUAAAAAAGUUUUGUCCUUCCAGAGCUGUCCAAUUGAUAGAUCCCACAAAGAAUGGAUUCCGGAUCCUUUUAAAGGACGAAUUCCUGAAAGAACAUCUCUCCCCGACCCUCCUUCCCACUCUGUAUAUCAGUGCUAUCCCACUGAAGCAAGAUGAUGAUACUGUAAAUAAGAUCUUCUAUCCAGAUAAUCUGAAUGACGACAAACAAGUUACAGUAGACGGACUGAAUGAGAGAACGUGGUACUAUGUUUGUAUAGAAUGGGAGAACUUUAAUCGCCACAAUGAGACAACGGGGACUGAUUGUAGGAUACAUAGGACACUGGACAGGUUCGGAAAAGCUGCAGAUUCAACGUUGGAAGACAUUGGAGCUGCAGAUAUCUCGGCUCAGAUGUUUGUUUUUAAGGUCCAAAGUUCCGCCGAUUUCCCUUUAAGGUAAAUAUUUUGGUGAUUAAAAUUCGGGCAAUUGCUUUAAAUAUAAUAUCAAAUCGCAUUAAUUGCAGACUGACAGCAUCUUUGCAAGGAGGAGAGAUGCCAUCUCCCCCGGCUCAGGUAUUCCAAUUGAAUCAACCAAGUGAGGUCGAGGUUGUGUUUCCAUUUCUAAAACAAGACCGAGAUUAUGGUCGGCUCUGUUUCCUCGAGGAGCCCCUGGUCUCUGGAUUUACAGCCAUGGGAAGACAGAUCUCUGGAUUGUCAAUAUCCCGAUGUUUCUUUAGUAAGCAAUAGUUUAAAAAAUGAUUCGCGAGAACUUGAGUCGGCAGUGACGGUAGAAUUUUAAUAUAUACCAUUUUUUGAGUUAAAAUAAUACAGUGAGUCAUCUUGAACCACUCUGUAAAACAUUUUUGACAAGGAAAGUACUUCUAUGGAGUGUGGAGUUACAGGUCGAGAUAUAUAUCAAAAAAUUCGCAAAAAUUUUCUGAUUCAGAAUAUAUAAAAAUUAGCUGCCUAAUUUUGGUCUGAUGACAUGUUUUUGUCCUCACAAGGAAAGUACUUCUAUGGGGUGUGGAAUUACCGGUCGAGAUAUAUAUCAAAAAAUUCGCAAAAAUUUUGUGAUUCAGAAUAUAUAUAAAUUAGCUGCCUAAUUUUGGUCUAAUGACAUGUUUUUGUCCUCAGAAGUUUUCUCGCGACACCAUGCAAGUGUCUUUUUGACCGUGUUUUUACCAAUAAAAAAAUUUUGUUUUGUGCUAAACUAAAUUCUGAGGCCUUGACAAGCCUUAAAAUAUCAAAUUGGAUUACAACUACACCUUAAAGGUAGUUCCAAUGUAAAAAAUGGGUUCUAGUGUGGCAAAAGGAACCGAACCCGUUUCCCUCGGAUUUCCAACCCAGUGCUCUAUCCACUCGGCCACACCGCUCUCUUCUGAAGGAAUAGACCGAGCGCGGUUUUGUUGCCGCAGAUUUUUUUCCUCGAGAAAAACGUUUAUUGAUAAAACUCGCUGAUAGACCAAAAUUAGGCAGCUAAUUUUUAUAUAUUCUGAAUCAGAAAAUUUUUGCGAAUUUUUUGAUAUAUAUCUCGACCUGUAACUCCAUACCCGAUAGAAGUACUUUCCUUGUGAAAAAUAUAUCAUGAUGACGGAUUUAUGACAAAUUAAACAACGUCCAUACUUUUGAAACGAAGAGGCUGAAACCUUCAAAACAUAUUAUGUUUUGAGCGAUGCUCGUAAUUUCUCUUGUUGAUACAAUUUGAUCAAGAUUACUGUAACGUGAUGAUUUUGGAACUAUGCACAUCAAAAAUUACAAAAAAAUCGUCAUUUUGACACCGAUUUCAUGCGAUUUUAUGAAACUUCUUUCCAUAUUCGGAAUCAGGAUUGAAUUCCGCAUCGGACAGCUACCGCACAUUGUAUUACGGCGUCGUCUUUCCAGUGAAAUUUGCAUAUUUUUGCAUAACACCCCUACCCUUAGUAUAUCAUAACGGCCGCUUGGAGCUACAGAACGCGGUAAAGAGGAUUUUAGUAUCAUGUAUAAAUAACAUUAAGCCACGUUUUAUGAACUUGAUCAGAGUCAGGGUUACUGCAGAAUCGAUUUUUAUUUCUUUGCAAAUUCGGGAAAAAUCGAUGUCUCCGAACAGGGAGUCCGCGAUUUCAUGGUAUAUUUUUUUACAUUCUGCUAUUAUGAAAGCUGGGAAGUUUAGUUAUGUCGGUAUUUUGUGUCUAUAUUGGAGUUAUUUGUUGAUUUCACCCUCAAAAGUUAGAACAGAUAAAAGAUUCUAAUAAAACUAAAAGAUGGCACCUUAUACAUAUGGUACCCGUGGAGCUGGAAUUCGUAUCAGUGCGGUGCAGCCGUUUAUCCUAGCCAUGGCUGUGUAAAAGUAUUCCAUGAAACGUUCGGAAACAUCAAUUAUUUCUGAAUUUUCGAUAAAAAAUCGAUGUUACAGUAAUCCUAAACCGGAACCAGUUCACAAAACGCAGUUUAAUAUUAGCUAUAUUUCAUGAAAUCGCGUGAAAUCGGGGAGAAAAUUACUAUUUUUUGUAAUUUUUGAUGUACAUAGUUCCAAAAUCAUCACGUUACAGUAAUCCUGACCAAAUCUUGUCUACAAGAAAAACGACGAGCAUUGUUCAGAACAUAUUUUCAGAUGAUUUCAGCGUCCUGAUUGCAAAAGUAUGAACGUUGUAAACCGUUUCCGCCAAAUCAGUAAAUUUGUGAUAAAUGCGUCAGCAUUACAUACUUUUCAAAACUAUUUCAUAGAGUGGCUCAACAUGGUUCACUGUAUUAUUUUAACUCAAAAAAUGGUAUAGCAAAAUUCUACCGCACACCACUGUUGCCAGCUGAUUCAACUUCUCUCGAUGUCUUUAAAAGCAGACUAUCUUGUUGAUCCUUCUUCAUCAAUUUACUUUCAGAAAAUCUUAAAACAAAGGAUUACGAGCUCUCGAUUUCGGUCUCCGAAGCAAGUCCAUACAUCCGCAACAAUUCCUCUCCUUUAAGAAUUUCAUGUGUUUCCUCUUUAAUAUUGUUAUUCACAGUUCUGUCUUUCAGAUGACCUCAACAGAUUGUAUAAAGAAUACCGGUGUUUGGCCAAAAAAAGCCAAAAGUCAAACUAAAAAUCGGCGCACGAAAGGUUGCACCGGGGAUUUUCGGGGAGGUGUAAAUAGCUGUCCAUAUAUUUCUUACUGCUCGAAUUAAUCUUUGUCUAGUCCAUAGAAUAAAUAUUUACAAUAAGGCUUGCUUCUGAUUGCGAUCUCGAAUUCGUACCGAGUCAAAUACCAUUUUGUAGAGAAUUAUUGCUAUUAUCUAAUGGUGUAACCACCGGAGCGCUUUUAUGUCUUAGCGUGUAACAACUGUCGAUGUAAAAUUUUUGGAAGGACAAAAAACCGUCAACUUUUUCAAAAAACCCGCUUGCAAAAGCCCCGACGAAUCUUAUAUAGCCUGAUUAUUAAAUCAAGUAUCACCCACUACACACAAUUGACCAUAAAAGGAAACAAGAAAUUUAAUUUAAUAGAUCUCUUGGUGUCACCAAUUUCGAUACCCCACAACAUGACGUGAAAAAAAGGUUACACCAUUAGGUUACACCAUUGUAAUUUACAGAAAAAUAACCCCCAUUUUUAUGAUCGUUACUUUUUUCAAGGCCAGCCUCCAUGUUAUACUCAAGUAUUAUCUCGUCAGCCAAUCGAGAAGAAAUUUUUUAUCAGAAGCCAUGGACAACAUAAUUUUAAAACAGGUUUUGCGAGAACCUCGAGCUUUCAGUUGAAUUUUUGCGACAUUUCGUUACAAAAUGGAUGUUCAUAAAGAUGCGAUGGUUUCAUGCAAUCAGCAACAAUCUAGGAAUUCGGUGAAGAGUGUAUAAGAAAGAAUGGACGCUUGUCUGUCUUCCAAGAGUAUAGUCGUGCUUCUAGCCGGAUUCUAUUUUGAGAUACAGGUCUUCAAAGAAGGCAAAUAUUACAAUCCUUUGCAGUGGCCUAACAUAAAAGUUUUAGUUCAGGAAAAUACAGAACUAGGCCCAUGAGAAGUAUCAUGCCACUAUCAAUAAACAAGCAAAAAACAAAGACCGGUUCCUACUUGUUUUAGAGUUAUACAUCAUCUAUCCGUAGAACAAAACCAGUUUCCCGGGUUUUUUGCCAAAAUGAAAAAAACCUUGGCAUUCUGCAAAUAAAUAAAUAAAAUAAUUAUAAAAAAGAUUGUCAUAUUUGUCAUAUUCUACCAAUAAAAUGAGUAUUUGUGGAAAUAUGAACCCAGAUGGGACUCAUAUUUGUCAUUUGGUUGUCUUUCAACGUCUUUACGCACUGGAAACUAAAUACCGAGUUUUAACUGGGGAGAAAGCGGUGCUAUUAAAGCAGUUGAACAAGUUGGAAGAGAUAUGUUGAUAUUUAACGGUUCUUUUUACCUUCAAUUUAAGUUGCAAAUAACUCCACCGAUCAAAACGAACAAUUGCGUUCACUCGCAGCUGACAAGGCGACACUCGAAUUGCAUAAUAAGGACCUCCAAGACAAAUUAAAUGUGUAUGAUCGAAGCUUGGAUAAAAUGACUCGAUUAUACCAUCAAAGCUUACAAAAAGCUUCAAAAUUAAGUGGGGGAACUGGCUCGCAAAAGCCAUCAGCUCCGGGGAUAUAAAGGAUUUAAGAAGAGCGCUGGUCAGAACAUUAAACCAUAUAUCAAGAUGGGCAAAACGACUCCGGUAAACUUUAAAAUUGGAGCCUGAAUAUACUCUCAUUGCGCAACCAUAAUAACUGAUUACAGGCUCAACAACCUCUUAAACAAUGUUACUUUCUUGGGUGGCAGUGAAGCAGGAAUACAACAGUUGCAAAAAGAAGUUGUAUCAUCAGUGGAUCUCCGGCCGUCAAAGAUUCAUGGCUAUGAAUGUCUGGCGAUCCGCCACUUCCUCGGUAUUGCUUACGCAAAGUAG